AUGGCGAGAAGGGGAAGGAGGAAGCUCACAAAUGUCCAACACUCAAGAAACGUGAUUCGUAGCGAGCGACGUGAACAGCCGAUGACCCAGCCAUGCUAUGUGACCUAUCGCAUUGUAGACGGGAUUCUGGUGGAGGACCAACAGUCCCAGCGACAGAAUGUCGAUGACAUGCAAGAACUUGUUUCUGCUGAGAACGGCCAACUGGAGCAGUUGAAUCAGCCUUCCUCAGACCGUCCUUCAAUCUUUGAGCCAGUUAUCCCAUCAUAUUAUACAAACUAUCUUGUUGGUGACGGGCGUCCAUUGGAGGAGGACCAGCAACCCCAGCAAUCAAGAAUUGAGGAAAUACAAGAAGACAUCCCCUCCAAGAGCGGUGGUGAACAGGGGAAAUCUCGUCGCUCACUUUCAAAGCCUGUUUCAAAGUAUGCGGACCAGCAGACCGGGGAACCGAGUCUUAAAGAGUGUGCUUUUUUAACGCAUACUUUCACCUUCAUACCUGACAAGUUAUCAGCCAGCGCCUCAAAUUCAAAUGUCUUGUGCCGGAAUGCGAGCAUAUAUGUAAGACUUACUCCAGUUAUCGUUACCAUCUAA